AUGUUUAGCCAGAGCCAGAGGCGGCUCAACCCACGAAGUGUCGAGCCCAAGGGCCAGCCGGUUGGUGGCACCGAGUAUAGCUGGUGCCGGGCGGUGCCAGGUGGGACCGGCAUAGGAGUCCUCGCUCUCCUCGUCUCCAAGGCUCCAGAUAUUUCACGUCUGCAAAAUGCCAUCAACAAGCUCCAAAAUUUCCAUCCGAUUCUCAAGUCCAGAUUAAUCCAUUAUUCCACAAACGCAGCCUCCUUCAUCACAUCUCCGGCUCCAUUCGUUCAAAUAAAAUCACACAGUACUCUAGAAUGCCUCUCCAGCCCUGAAAACCACUCCAAUAUCUCACCCUUCCAUUUAGUCCUUGAACAUGAACUGAACCAAAACACUUGGUCGUCAUCAUGCAGCAACACCGCUGACAUGCUGUUCUUUGCAAGCAUAUAUGCUCUUCCCAAUACAAAGUGGGUUGUGGUGCUCCGGCUUCACCUCUCGGCGUUCGACCGCACCACGGCGGCGUCUCUGCUGAGAGAGUUGCUGGUUUUGAUGGAAAUUAGGAAGAACCAGUAUUGUUUAGAGUGUGAGGAAGACUUGGGUGUAUUUGGGGAUUUGUGUUUAGUGGGUUGUGGUGCUCCGGCUUCACGUCUCGGCAUGCGACCGAACCACGGCGGUGUCUCUGCUGAGAGAGUUGCUGGUUUUGAUGGUUGCAAAUCAAGAAGGAUUAAACUUUGCGGGGCAUUGGUUGCAGCUGGAUUGAUAGCCGCUUACACCUCUAAGCGUCGAGCUGAUAAUCAAGGAAAGAAGUAUGGAGUGACGACUCUCAUUGAUUGUCGUUCCAUUCUUGACCCGCCUCUUUCCUCUCACCAUUUUGGUAACCUCAGUAGUCCACAUAUAUCUACGUAUUAA